UCCAGCAGUUCAGUCGGGAUUCGGCAACUCUUCCUUUAUCUUAUCCUCUCUCCUCUCUCAUUUAGCAAUAUUGUUUCCUAUAAAUAGGGACUAUCAAACGCCAUACCAUCCAUCACUUAUACAGUUCCUUUCCUUUAUAUUUCAUAAUAAUAUAUUAUUUCAUAUGGCUAUAGCUACCGCUUCCACCAAGCUCCUACUCUCCGACCUUGCAUCCACUGUUCAAAACGUUCCCUCUAACUGUAUCAGACCCAUCAAUGACCGUCCAAAUCUCACGCAAGUUGAGGUAUCAGAUGCUUCUUCUAUUCCUCUUAUCGAUCUUGAUGGUCUUUACGGUCCUCGCCACUCUGAAAUCAUCCAACAGAUUGGUUUAGCAUGCCAACACGAUGGCUUCUUUCAGGUGAAAAACCAUGGAGUUUCAGAGGAAAUGAUCAAUAUCAUGUUGAACAUUGCAAGAAGAUUUUUCAAAUUACCAGAGAGUGAGAGGUUGAAGAGUUACUCUGAUGACCCUUCCAAAACCACUAGGCUCUCCACUAGUUUCAAUGUUAAGACCGAAAAGGUGGCCAACUGGAGAGAUUUCUUGAGACUUCAUUGUUAUCCUCUUGAAAAUUACGUCCAUGAAUGGCCUACUAAUCCUCCAUCCUUCAGGGAAGACGUGGCCGAGUAUUGCACAAGUAUUAGGGGGCUAGUAUUGAGACUACUUGAGGCCAUAUCAGAGAGUUUAGGCCUUCAAAGAGAUUAUAUAGACAAAUCAUUAGGCAAACAUGCCCAACACAUGGCUUUGAACUAUUAUCCCCCCUGUCCACAACCAGAGCUAACUUAUGGACUUCCUGGACAUACUGAUCCUAAUUUAAUCACUAUUCUUCUUCAAGAUGAUGUGCCUGGCCUUCAGGUUCUCAGGAAUGACAAAUGGGUUGCUGUCAAUCCUAUCCCCAACACUUUUAUUAUCAACAUUGGUGAUCAAAUGCAGGUACUCAGCAAUGAUCGGUACCAGAGUGUGCUUCAUCGAGCUGUGGUGAACUGUGACAAGGAGCGCAUAUCCAUUCCAACCUUUUAUUGUCCAUCGCCAGAUGCUUUAAUAGGUCCCGCCAAGGAGUUAAUCGACCAUAACCACCCGGCUGCCUAUAGAGACUUUACAUAUGCUGAAUACUAUGAGAAAUUCUGGAAGAGGGGAGUUUACAUUUACAUGCAUUUGAUCAUCAAUAUUGAUAAUAAAAGUGUUGGGGAUACGAUUGACAGCAACCCAUUUGUCAUUCCUGAGAACCUGAAGGCCAGGCACAUCAUCUUGAAAAAGAACAGUGAUUAAAUUAGGAUCAGUAUAUCCAGAAGUCCAUAAGUUAGCUCUGGUUGUGGACAGGGUGGAUAAUAGUUCAAAGCCAUGUGUUGGGCAUGUUUGCCUAAUGAUUUGUCUAUAUAAUCUCUUUGAAGGCCUAAACUCUCUGAUAUGACCUCAAGUAGUCUCAGUACUAGCCCCCUUUGAAACUGAAUGCUGCUUGGACAUGUUAAAAACCUCUACUACUGCUUCAUCCUUUUAAUUAACCACAGACACACUAGAUGUUUGUGGAUGGAUAAUUUCACCACCAUUAAAGUUAUUGAUUAUAUUUCAUCUGUAAUCAAGUUUAACGUUAUGUAAUUUUAAUUUAGAUCAGAAUCAGGAAUUAUUUUUA